ACCGUGCAAUGUUCGAGGUGAUGGACAUGCCCAUGGACUGGCCUGCAGAAGUGAACUACCAUGAAGCUAAAGCGUUCUGUGCUUGGAAGGGUCCAGACUACCGUCUGCCUACAGAAGCUGAACAUCAUGCCAUGCGAGGACCCCAGAAAUCUCCCUCAGAGGGUAGUACUUGCGACAUUAUCUACCAAGAUAAUAUUAAAGCCAACAUCAAUAUGGCUUUUGGCUCAUCCACCCCUGUUAACAUGUUCCCGCCUUCCAAAGCUGGAUUUUGCGAUGUCUCUGGAAAUGUAUGGGAGUGGUGUGAAGACCAUUUUAACGGACUUAAAGAUUUCAAACCUCACAUACUUUAUGAUGACUUUUCCACGCCAUGUUUUGAUGGAAGACACAACAUGAUCAUGGGUGGCAGCUGGGCUACCACGGGAGGUGAGGCAUCACGAUUUUCUCGCAACGCUUUCCGCCGUCAUUUCUUCCAACAUCUUGGUUUCAGACUUGUGCAGUCCAUUGGGGAUAGUCCANGCAAAUGCCGAGCACCACUCAAUUCCAACUAA